UUCUUGCCCCGCCGCCAUCCCCCCUGCUCCUGCCCCCUGGCUCGAGUUCCCACGACGCCCACGCCGACCUUGACGCCCAUUCCCGGACCAGGAGGACGACUGCUGCUGCUCGGCGCCCACGCCGACCUUGACGCCCAGAAGCUGCUCGGCGACCUCGGCUGUGAACUGAACCAAUCCCACGCCCCUGCCUGCUACUGCUGGACUUCGACCGCGUCGCCACGCCUGCCCCGACUCGCCGCCGCGACCUCCGACGGCCAAUUGAUCGAUGGAGCCCAACGCCGACAAGCUACGUGGUCUUCGCAUCACCUCCCUGGACGAUGAAGACGAUGAUGAGACAGAACUGCCCAACCAACCUCUGCCCGCCUCCACCGUGACCGUGGCUGCGGCCGCCUCGGGCUAUGAUGACGAGGACGAAGAUGAAGAAGCAGAAGUCAUGCUUGGAUUCCUGGAGAAGCCGAAGCAUCCCGGCCUCCUCCUCCGCCACCUCUUUCCUAGCAAGGCUGGAGGCAUCCCGGCGUGGUUGGAUCCCGUGAACUUGCCCACGGGGAACUCCAGCUGCUGUGGCUUCUGCGGCGAGCCCCUGCACUUUGUCCUCCAGAUUUAUGCUCCGAUUGAGAGCAAUGCAGCAGCAUUCCACCGCACUCUGUUCAUGUUCAUGUGCCCGUCGAUGGCAUGCUUGCACCGAGACCAGCACGAACAGUGGACACGCAACCAAGGCAAUCCUCGUAGAAGCGUGAGGGUUUUCCGGUGCCAGCUGCCUCGUACCAACGUGUUCUACUCAAGUGAACCUCCAAGUCGCAAUAACUCUGACAAGCCACUAUGUGCCGGAGCUGCUCUGUGUCAUUGGUGUGGUACAUGGAAAGGGGAUAAAAUAUGUGGUGGCUGCAAGAAAUCACGUUACUGUUCUGAGAAACAUCAGGCACUGCACUGGCGCUCUGGUCAUAAAAAUGAUUGCCUACAGAUAAUCAAUUCUUCUGAAGCUUCAAGUUCUGUGCUGCCAGCUGUAGGAAAAGUUCCAGCUAGGACUUCUUGGCCGGAAUAUCAGAUAGCAAUUGACGAUGAAGUUGAUUUGGAUUCUGAUGGUUGUGAUGAAGACAGCUCAAAGUCCUUGGUGAUGCAAAAGCAUGGUAAACCAGAUGAUACAAUGCAGUCAUGGAUGGAUCAAUUUGAGGCUGAUGCUGACAACCAAUGCUGGGCAUAUUUUCAAGAGCGUAUCUCAAGAGCACCAGAGCAAGUAUUGAGAUACUGUCGAGAUCCAAAUGUAAAACCUCUGUGGGCUUUAUCAGCUGGGCGUCCAUCAAAUCCUGACAUCCCUUCAUGUAGCUACUGUAAAGGUCCACUAUGCUAUGAAUUUCAGAUAAUGCCACAAUUGCUUUAUUACUUUGGUGUGAGAAAUGAACCAAACUCUCUUGAUUGGGCAACAAUUGUUGUGUACACGUGUCAAGGAUCAUGUGAUCAAAAUAUUAGCUACAAGGAAGAGUUUGCAUGGGUUCAGUUAUAUCCUACGUCAAUCUCAAGGCCGUAGUAAUGUUUACCUGUUCCACAGAGUGGCGUCUGCUGCUGCAGGGGGAGUUGGAACUUGAAAGUGAUGGUCUACCUUGCAUUUCAACCUGAAUACAGGCGUUCCAAGCCAGAUAGAUCUUUUUUUUAGAUGUCAACUUCAAUGCAGGGCCAUGGUCCCAAUUAGCUCGCACAUUGGGCUUGGUCUACUAUUUAGCCACUGGGGCCAUCUAGAGCAUUUGAUGUGAAAUAGUUGUGGUCGCCAGCAUUGCCGGUUCAGUGUGCAUCUUUAUUUCGUUGUAUAGGAUUCUUCGUCUCUUUAUGUGGACACCUUGGACGGUUUUGGGGAUUACUCGUUAGGAUUCUGGUCUAUCUCGUUGGUCUUUUAUUCGAGACUUCUUGCAUUUUCGCUUUCGGCAUUGACCGCAUGUAAAGUGAGAGUCUCCACAUUGCCCCUUUUUUAGGAGUUGAAAUUUUGAUGGCUA